UUCAGUGUGGCCGGUUAGAUUCUUCAUUUGGAAACUGGGAAUGACAAUGGCGGAGUGUUAAUGCACCAUGGCCGGUCACAGGACUAACACAGCUGAUCGCAGCAGGAGACCACAUGAAGUUAUGUGUGUGAUGUUUGGAGCUGAACUCCUGCAGAGGACCAAUUAGAGCACUUUUAAGGAGCUUUCUUUAACCAAAGUUAGGAGCGUCACGUGAAACGUGGAGUUAAAGUUAUAGCCUACUGUUUACUUUUGUGCGCGAGCCAUGGCUCUGUCCCAAAUACUGUGCCUGGACGAUAACCAUGUGAACCCGCGGACGCACGAGUCCAAACCGGAGUUCCUGUACAGCGAGGACCAGCGGCUCGCGCUGGAGGCUUUCCUGCGGGAAGGUCACGAGGCGUUUGUUAAGUACCUGGGGACCCACGGCCUGCGCGGCUUCCUCUCAGACCCGGAGCUGGACACUCUCGCCGGGGCGGUGGAGCCCUAUGACCCGGGCUUGGAGCUCUUUCCGGAGGAUGCCGAGGAAGACGAGCCCCCGCCGCUGUCAGAGCACUACUGGCCCGACCUGUCGGACACGUCCAUCCCGCAGAUGGACCUGGGCUGGCCGGAGAGCAUUUCUUACCGGGGGGUCACGCGCACUACCGUGUACACGCAGCCACCAAUGGAGGACCAGGCGCACAUCAAAGAAGUUGUCAGGAAGAUGAUUGCGCAGGCGCAAAAGGUAAUUGCAGUGGUGAUGGAUGUGUUCACCGAUGUCGACAUCUUCAGAGAUUUGCUAGAUGCUGGUUUCAAGAGGAAGGUGUCAGUCUACAUCCUGUUGGAGCGCGCAACACUACCUCAUUUCCGAUCCAUGUGUCAGAGGGCCGACAUGCAUGCCGGACACCUCAAGCACCUGCGUGUACGCUGCACACAUGGAUCAGAGUUCUACACUCGGUCCUGCACCAGAGUCAGAGGGCGAAUGGGACACAGAUUCAUGUUCAUCGAUGGCGACAAAGCUGUGUCUGGGUCGUACAGUUUCACUUGGAUGUCAUCACGGCUGGAUAGAAAUCUCAUCACCGUGACUACAGGCCAAGCAGUGGAAACGUUCGACAGGCUGUUUUGCAUCCUCUACGGAUCCUCCAGCUCGGUUGACCUCCGGCAAGUCGCCACGAAGCCUGAACCUGAGCUGGAGCCCCUCCCACAACAGGCCACAGUGCCCCUUCCUUCUGCUGCUAUUGCAAGGAAAAUGUACAACCCCAAAUACGCCCUGGUUGCUUUAAGCAGCCCCAGCCCGGCCCCUUCUGAUGGCCCCAAAGAGACCCAAAAUCCAGAGGAAUCCAAGAACCCUGAAACAAAGAAACGGAGGCGGAGGAGGGGGAGUAAAGAAGCCAUACAGGAGGCCCCUCCCACUCACCCUGGACUCAUUCUAGAGAAAGUGAACUUGAUACCAUACCUGCCCACCUGGCCAGAGCCUGACCCCUCCAGUGAUGUUAUUGGGUUCAUUAACAUUCGUGAUUCCAAAAAGCCGACUCAGGUCCAUCUGCAGAGAUCUGAGAUGUUUCAGACCAGCCAAGCGAUCAAGUUUAGCAGUCCAUUCAGCAUGCCUAAGGAAAUCCUGCCAGAGGUCGCCAAGCCAAGACAGUUCACCGUCAAACAUGAGGAGAUGAAUAAACUCAAACCAGCACAAGAUAAAACCAAAGCUGAAGAGUCGGCGGUAGGCAGAGCUCAGCCAACGCAACUCAACGCACAGCCUGGUGACAUCAAAAGCAAAGCAGAGGCACCUGGACAGAAACCACCUACAUCUGAACCAAAGUUCGAAUCUAAAAAUGACACAAUAAAGACUCUCAACGCUGAGAAUAAACUGCAUUCAAACACGCACAACAACCUAGAUGCAGGGCACAACGGUACACCUCACCUUAAUGCGCACACACCUCACCAAUCCAGCAACAAAGCAUCCACUCCUCACACUGAGAGGCCUUCACACACCACACAAAAUGCCACCGUCCUCCCCAGAUCAAACACUAAAAAUGAAACUAAUUCAAACACACAUCGUGCUGUUGUGUACAGGACGAACACCCUGGAAACGAGCAGUACAAAAACCUCACACCUGUGUCAUCCUGCUGACAUCACAGAGCCACACACACAAACAAAGACAGAUUCACACACACAGUCUGUUCAAACGCAGCCACAAAACUCCUCUGAAAUGACUCCCGACAACCACAAGCCCUCCUCGCCUACUUCUGCCACGUGCUCUCAGUCUGUCAGUUCCACCUCUGAAAACAAUCACGUCUCCGUUGCUACAAGCACGACUACCAGUGGCUGUUCUCCUUUGUCCUCCCUCAGCUCCUCUUCUUCCGUUCCUCCUCUUACCUCAUCUUCUACAACUCCAAAUCCUCACCUCCCUUCAUCCUCAACAUCCCCACCUUCAACCUCAACCCCUCCCAUCCCUAAACCUCGCACUAUCCAGCUGGUUAUCAAAGGUGGCGUAACUGGCGAUAACCAGAAGCUGCCAGAGUUCAAUGUUGUCAGGAAGCCUGAGCCCAGCACGGGGCCGCCAGUGGUUCAAAAUGUAACAACAGAAAAAGUCCCCGAGACUGUUCCAGCACUGCAGGAUGUCAGUGGAAGCUUGACAGGGGCACAAAAAGAUGUCAAGAAUGCAGAGAAAUCUCCACAGCAAGGUUUUACCUCUCAGCAGAUGAAGAAUGAGGAAGCAGUUGGACGACACGAUGACAGAGAAGGAAUGCAGUUGGUGGCUGGAAACAACCUGGAAGCAAAGUCAGAUGUUUUGAUUACUGGCAUGCCAAUAGCAGAGAGUGAAAGUUUUCGGGAAAUAAUUCCAAAAGAUGUCGAGCCCAAGACUUUGACAUCAAAAGAAAGCACAUUAACCCCACAGACAGACUGUGAAGCCGAGGCGCAGACAGAGAUAAAGGCCCCAGAAAGAGCACUAACAGGCUGUGACCUCACUGAGGUGCCAAAUGAAAAAAGUGAGAAUGUCACAGAGCACGAAACGUACCUUGCAAGAGCAUGUGUACCUCAGAGAAUAUCAUAUAAUAAUACAGAUGCAUUAGAGACUGUGGACUCUUUAAAAUCUCCAACACACACUCCUGUGUCUGCUACACACAUAUCCAAAGACAGUGCAGCUGUAGACACACAAGGCCAGCAGGUUAAUCCAGCACACCACACAGAUGGCAUACCAAAUACUGCAAAACAUAACACGCACAGCACUUUCCAAGAACAAAUUCCUAAAGCACGUGGAAGCACACACACACCUGAAAGACCCCUGCACUUGCAUCUCUCGGACAUACACACGCCGGACUUUCGUUCACCUGAGAGAGAAUCGCGGUCGCUCACGGCUCUCAUACGCACUCCGACUCCAGAUGGAUUUCUCCCGCGGACGCCCACCCCUGACUCAAGAACUCACACGCCGGAUCCACGGUCGCACACUCCAGACUUUCGAACUCCUACGCCCGACGGGUACGUCUCCGCUCUCUCCACCACCUCAGAGGAUUAUUACGAAUGUAGCGACUCUCCUUCUCCUUCUCUCCUGAACCACGAAGCGAUGGAGGAUCAUAUUGACUUUACUCUUACAAAUACUUCUUACGCUACAACCAGUCCUCUAUACAUGAAUUUUAACAGUUGUGCUGCUUCAUUGGGCAUUCCAGACAGUAAGACCUCUAGCAAUGAAACACUGAGUUCGUCUGGGCCUGCUGGAGUCUCCCCUUCUUCUCCUUUACUUGAGAAGAAGGCAAAAAUGUGGGAUGGAAAGGAAACCACAAAUGAAGAAAAUGGGAGAGAAGAGGGUGAAAACGGGAGAGUGCCAGAGAGGAGGACAGAGGGAGUUUACAAGGGGACGGAGAGGAGAGGCAGCGAGGAAGCUAACAUAACAGCAGACCAUUUAAAACAAGGAGAAAAUUCAACAGAGACAGAAGAAAACAAACACGAGGCCCAACCCCAGGCCCCGAAGAGGAAGAGGGUGAUAAACCAAUCAGCAGCUGUCGAUGGAGGAGUGACUCCAGGAGAAUUAACCAAUGACAGAACAGAGCCAAAGCGACUGUCCACAGGUGACCCUCAACCUAAGAAGACUUCUGAGGGAAAGAGACCAGACAAAGAGAAGGCAGUGGACAAGGCGUCACUAGGACCCGUCAGUGUGGAGAAGAAAGACCGGCCCCAGUUAACCAAAGAGACGGAGGGACAGAAGAUUUUGCACACUCCUCCCAAAAUUCCACGAGGACAGCAGCAGAACAAUGGAUCGUCCUCUCCUUCCCGACCACCCAGACCCCCGCGACCAAUCUCAGGCAACCAGUCUUUGGGUCCUCGUCCCUGGGAAACCCGUCAGCCGAACCAGACAGAAAGCAAGGUGCUCCACGGUAAUUUCCAGGUCUUGGAUAAUACCUCAUCACCUCGCAGGCUGCCAUCCAGACCACCUCCUCCAGUGGCAGCGGGACGGAAGCAGGCCGAAGUCUCCCCCGGCCAGCAGAGCCUCCUCUCACGACAGCCUCUAGCAGCGCAGGGCAGGACGAGACCCGGACAGUCACUAAAUCCACAUCCCUACCCAAAGCCCCAGGCCUCUUUCCUCCACAUACAAUCAAACAGAGGGGAGCAGCUCCAACCUCAUUCCCAGAACCAGAUGGUAGCACAGCGGGAAACACAUUGGCAGGAAGAAGCAAGGUCUCCAUUUAGCUUCACUUUUAGCAGGCUGUACAACUUGAAGGGUCUGAAGGACAAGGUGAGCAAGCUGCCAGCACAGAGCAAGAGAGGCAGCGCCAGCUCUCCGGGACAGGGACGCAAGAGCACGAGCUAGUCUGGUACCAUCGGUCAUCCUGGCAUCAAUACUGUAUCACACCAAGCCAAAGCAAAAAAAGCCAACUCAAAAAAAAAAAAAAAAACAGAUUUAAAGGGACAGUUCACCCGAAAAUCAAAAUUACAUAUUGUUCCUUUUACCUGUAGUGCUGUUUAUCAAUCUAGAUUGUUUUGGUGUGAGUUGCUGAGUGUUGGAGAUAUCGGCCACAGAGAUGUCAUCCUGCCUUUAAUAUAAUGGAACUAGAUGGCACUUGGAACGAGAUUGUUUGUGGUGCUCAGAAGAAACAUUUGAAAAAGCUCUUUCCAGAAAUCAUGAUGUGGUUACUCAGAUAUUCAGUAAAAACCAAACAAAAAUGAUCUCUCAUUUCUUUAGUUUGUCAACAACAGGUGAUUUCCUUAUUUUAGCAAAAUUGUAAAUGAUUGAGUUGGGGUUAUGCUCUGCCAUUUCUCCUAUAAUCAUCGCGCUGUAACCUGUGAGGUUUAUGCCAAGAUCACUUGACGACACUGACUCCUGUUCGCACACAGCGAGAAAGGAGAGGGAGAGACGCUGUGCUGCUGCCAGAGGAGCCGCUGAAUAAGUUCCCUCUGAGUGGUAACUCGCUAAAAGAGUGUGAGAAGUCCGGGGCUGUUCAUAAAACAUUCAGGACGCCACAGUUUAUUCCACACUACUGAAACUGCUCCUCUUUUUGGAACCACUGCGGAGUCUUUAAUAAUUUUGCUUUUAGCUAUGCCAUGUCACAGCCGAACUAUCAUGAGCAUCAUGAUUUACAUUUUUCAUAUGAUAUUAAAAAUUAUACCAAUAUUAUCGGGAACAAGAUGAUAUGGCACACUCCUAGCAGGAACUAUUUUCUCUCUCACGAACUACAGCCGCCUACUUUAUCACCGCACAGAAGGAAGCAUGCAUCUACUACUGCUAGUACUACUGGCGUCCUCCUUGGCUGAGCUGUAACGUUAGCUACCUCAGUGGUACUAGAUGAGCAAGCAGUAGAUGCAUGCUUCCUUCUGCACCAUGAUACGGUUGGCAGGAGUAGAGAAAAUAGUUGCCCGUAUGAAACUGCUCACAACAAGGAUUGUGGAUUAUCUUGAGUAACCAGGUCACGAUUUCUUGAGACAUUGCUUUUGAGUUUUUCAAAUGUAUUUUUUGGCACUUUGAGCACCAGCAACCUCAGCAACUCACACCAGGACAAUCUAGAUUGAUAAAUAGCACUACAGCUAAGCGGGAAAAUAUGCAUUUUUUUAUUUUGGGGUGAUCUAUGUCUUUAAGGCAGAAAGCUAUCUCUCUUGACCCAGUAUGUUUACUGUGAAAGAAAUGCCAAAAAUAACAGUUUCCACAGCGUCUGUCCUGUGAGCACAUCAAAGACUUGGCUCCUCACCACCUUUUUUACACUUGGGUUACUUCUUAACUUCGUUAUAAGCAAAUGUCUGAACUUUGACCUGUGAGUCAUUACUUGUGGGAUUAGCCGGCUCCUGUCUCAUCUGAUGGAAGAUGCACUUUAAGUUGUUUCCACAUGGCAGUAUGAAAAGGCUCCUGUGAGUGAUGUUGCUCAUUACUGGACCAAACAAAGAGUGAUAAGACUGGUCGUUUUUUCUCUUGGCUCGUCAUUGCUAAAGAACUUUUUAUGUUAAAAAAACCCCCACCUGCCUUUUCUGGCUAAACAUGGAGCUUUGUGCCUUAGGGGGUCGUGGCCUCUGAUGUUAUCAGUGGCCUGGACAUCUGGAGCUGAACCAUAGCUGCCUCUCCUAAAUUAUUACAUAGUUUGGAACGGUUUUCUUGUUGCUUGUUCACCCACUUGGCCUCACUUAUUUAACAACUGGAUAAUGGAGUUCGUGUUAACCAUUUUCACAUGAAAUUUUGGAUAUUAAAGUUGAAAGUGUUUGUAUGGCUAUAGAAGAUGAACACUGGGACUGUAUGUAAGUAUGCCUGUGACAUUGGGUAUUACACUUACUGCACAUUAGAUAGGCUGCUGUGACUUAGAUCAACUGUACAUAAUAUACUGUAGAUAGAGCAAAAACAUAAGCAGUUGCUUCCUGAAUUCACUGUGGUACACUUUAAAGGAACAGUGUGUGAGAUUUAAGGGGAUCUGGCAUCUGGCGGUUAGGAUUGCAAAUUGCAACCAGCGGAAACUUCUCCCAGUUGGAAUUCCUUCAGGAGUUUUUUUACCAGCAGCUGAAUUAUCCGCAGAGGUCUCUUCCUCUCCAAAACAAACGGACCAGGUGAUGAAAACCAGUGAAAACACAGAACACAGAAGUUUAAUGUGACAAAUCGGUGUUUCUCCUACGCUGUUACAGAAGAGCCGCUCAUCCAGCACCUGCUAACGUUUGCUCACCUUGUUUUAUUCAGACGUUGGGGAGGUUUAUACCAUGAGCCGAUUUGUCCACAAAGGUCUCAUCCUCUCUAAAACAAACGGACCAGUUCAACCAAUUAAUCAGUCAAUCAUUAAUUUGUCACUUGGAACUAUACGAGGUGCAACUUCUGUGAUUCAAACCGUUAAAAAAAAAAAAUCUGAAUAAAGCAUUUUCGCACUGUUUUUUCAACACAUUCGCACUCCGACCUCGUCACAUAUCGAUGUUUUGGUCAUGGACUUUUCACGUGAAUGUACGACUAGCAAGGUACCCUGGUUGCGUUGGUUGUUGAUGUUCUGGGACACCGUGUCAAGUUCUGCAAACACACGUGGUUGGGUUUAGGCAACAAAAACACAUGGUUAGGUUUAGGAAAACAGAACAGGGUUUGGCUUUGGCAUCUUAUGGGAUGCAAACACUGCUCUCUCGGGUGAAAGUCAGUGUUUGUUAGACCCAUCCACCCCACUUGGACUCUUGCCACCUUAACUUUUGUCCUCGUCUGGCCAUGUUUCCCCUGAUGCCGCCGGGUGCUGUUAAAUUACAAUAGCAACCGGCUGCGUAUCAUGCAGACGUUAAAGGACGCCUUAUUUCAUUGGUUUCCAAGUGCCGGAUUUUGAUGACUUCGGAGUGAGACAAGGCUCUUUUUUUUUUUUUGAUGCUCUUGUCAUGAAGGCGCUUCUAAUUAUGGUGACCGACACGAAAACACGAAUGGCUCUAUCUAGAACCAGUGUUUGGUUUUGUCCAUUCUGAGCUACUGUAGAAACAUGGCGGUACAAUAUGGUGAUCUCGAUAAAUGAGGACCUGCUCCCUAUGUAGAUAUAAACACCUCAUUCUAAGGUAACGAAAACAACGAUUCUUAUUUUCAGGUGAUUAUACACUAAAGAAAACACACUCAUUGAAUGAUAUUACAUUUCUGCCAGUAUAUCCCCCUAAAUCCCUCACACUGGACCUUUAAGUGUCUUAAAUUAACCACUUCCUCUUUUUUUUGUCUUUUAUGUCAUUUCACUCAGACAGAUUUCAAAUGUGGGAGAUCCUCUUUGCUUGCAGUUAUAUGCUAUCUUUGGUUGGUGCUGUGUGAAUGUGAACAGUAUGAGUGACUGCGAGUCAUCACACUGCACAUUAAUGGAGUUUAAAAUAGGUACUAUUAUCACAUGUUUGAUUAAAGCAUGAGAAUGUACACGCACACUGUAUUUACAGAUGUACUGUAUCUUGUGCGAUAGUGAACAAUGCUGAACACUACUGAAUGUCACAGACUGUGUUGGAGAGGUUUACUGUUCUCCAGCACCACUUUACAUUCUGUGAGCAGACAAAUAAGUAAAUGUUCAAAUGGCUGACCUCAUGACAGCGGCUGUUUAUAUUGUGUUUAUACGAGCUGGGAGCGUUUGUCCCACAUUUGUAUUAUAACAAGCCAAGUUUUUCCUCUGCUGUGCAUUUAAGUGUUUACGAUACAAAUAUGAAUGCUGAAACUGUU